GCCGCCAUGAAGUAGACACCAAUGCGUUUGUUGCAGGCAGCGCAACCAGUUUCAAGGAUGUUAAUUUGCUAAACCAUCCGGACAGAUUUAUUUUAAAUAUAAAAUAAGAAACUUAAGCAUGGGUCAAAAUCAGCAAGUGCAGGCACAGGAAGGCGAACUGGAGCUGAACAGCAUACAGGAUCUCUACAAGUCAUUCAUCAUGGAGUGUCCAAGUGGAUCUUUGUACCUGCACGAGUUCAAGAGGAUGUUUGGAGUACAUCCUGGGACAGUGGAAUCAGAGUACAUGGACAACAUCUUCCGAGCAUUUGACAUGAAUCAUGACAACACAAUGGAAUUUAUAGAGUAUGUGGCCGCAUUGCAUCUUGUCCUGCGUGGAAAACUUGAAGAUAAGUUAAGGUGGACUUUCAAAGUGUUUGACGGUGAUGGCAACGGCCGCCUCGACAGAGAUGAAGUGCUGAAGAUUGUUAAGAUAAUUUACAGGAUAAAGAAAGGCGAUGUGUCUGAUGAAACAGGAGGCGAGAGACUCACUGCUGAGCAAGUCCGUGAUCACAUCUUUGAAGAGGUUGAUGUAAACAAUGAUGGUGACAUUACGUUGGAUGAGUUCAUCCAGGGGGCUGAGAGUAGUCCGUGGCUGCAGAGAUUCCUAUGUUUCGAUGUCAAUCCCAGUGGAUUGGUCCACAGGCACUUGUGUCACAGGAAACACACGUGCACAAGUGCUAAAGAUUUGUGAUGGACGUCAACACGAUCUGACAAGCCCGCCAAAUGAAAAGCCACCUCCUUUUGAACUAUUGGAAAAACAUAAAUACCUCAACCAGCAGCCUGUGAGAAGACACUUGUUGCGUGCAUUGUAGAAUAGUGUACUGUUUUCUGUGUAAAGCACUCUGGAAAUUCAGUAUACAUUGGCAUUUUGACACCACGAGAAAAUCUAUAUGAAAUAUGUAAUUUUAGCAGCAGUUAAACAUCAUGAUCAUCAUCAAAUGAGUAUCAGUUUGUGGCCUCAUCAUUAUUGUAAAUUGUAAAUACGUGAACCGAGUGUUGGUAACAAUACAUAUUAUGGCAUUGUAACAUGCUGAUGACACAGAGUAUGUAUUCAUAUGGUCACAUAUUGUUUACUGGUCCAAGAAAUUGAGGCAGCUGAUUUAUAUGGCCACUUCAGUAAUUGGUUGCAAAAGGGGGUUUAAUAAAAGGUCAGAACUGUCAGAGGGUAGAACAACAUAUUGUAACUUUUAUUCCCUUAGUAUCAAGCCUGUUAUUCCCCACGAAGCAACUGACAGGUAAAAAUUCAUGUCUUAUAAACAAUAACUGUUAUUUUCAAAACUGGAUGUUCUGAGCCAAAGAGGAAACUAAGCUGCUGGUUUCAUAACGGGGAAUCCCUAAGGCUACUCAACCUGAAGUGUAAAAGUGGUGCAGUGGCCCUUUAAAUUUUAAAAAGAUUAAGCUAGUGUCCAUAAGUCCUCAGUUAACACAGUCCUAUAUAUAUACACACACACACACACACACACACACAAACACACAUGUUUUUUGGAUAGUCGUGCUUUUUAUGGGAGCUGCAGAUGAUCAGAAAAACAUACCCAAUGUUCUUAAAUGUAGUAUGUAUUUAAAGUGUGCUUUUCUCAACACGUUGUGUGUGACCUAUACCAAAACCAAAAAGGGAAUUAUUGUUCAUUGCAAUUCACAUUGCAAUUGCCAUUCCUUCAUGUCUUUUGUUGUUGUGUACAGCUUACCAUGAUUCGUUUUAGAUGAUAGCGUGAACUCUGAACUGAUGAUUGCACUGAGUAAAAUGAAAAAUGCCUGAUGUGACACAACAUUAAAAGUGACUCACAGAAGUG